CCGUUCGCCGGUCGCUGCCGCGUAGCGAUGAUGGCUGGAUGGCUCUGGCCCGGUCGGAGGAGGCCGAGCGCCGCGUACGGGUGGGAUCACUCGGUUCACAAAAGGAAAAGGCUCCCACCGGUGAAAAGGUCUCUGGUGUACUACGUGAAAGGGAGAGAGGUCCGGAUGCAGAAUGAGUCCAGCUACCACCGCUUGUUACAUGGAUACGCAGCCCAGCAGCUCCCCAGCCUCCUGAAGGAGAGGGAAUUUCACCUCGGAACACUCAAUAAAGUGUUUGCCUCCCAGUGGCUCAAUCACCGACAAGUGGUGUGCGGGACAAAAUGCAACACGUUAUUUGUAGUAGAUGUCCAGACUGGCCAAAUUACCAAGAUUCCUAUCCUGAAGGAUCGUGAACCCGGCAUGGUGAACCAGCAGGGAUGUGGUAUUCAUGCUAUUGAGAUCAACCCCUCAAGGACCCUCCUGGCCACAGGUGGAGACAACCCCAACAGUCUUGCAAUUUAUCGUCUGCCUACACUUGAUCCUGUCUGUGUGGGAGAUGAUGGACACAAGGACUGGAUAUUUUCAAUUGCGUGGAUCAGUGAUACUAUGGCUGUUUCUGGUUCCCGGGAUGGUUCAAUGGGUCUCUGGGAAGUCACAGAGGAUGUGUUAUCCAAAAGCGAUGCCAGGCACAAUCUCUCUCAAGUUCCUGUCUAUGCCCACAUAACACACAGUGCUCUGAAGGAUAUCCCCAAGGAGAACACCAAUCCUGACAAUUGCAAAGUCCGAGCAUUGGCUUUCAACAAUAAGAACAAGGAGCUGGGAGCUGUGUCCCUGGAUGGGUAUUUUCAUCUUUGGAAAGCAGAGCACACGCUAUCAAAGUUACUUUCCACAAAGUUGCCAUACUGCAGGGAGAACGUGUGUUUGGCUUACGGCCAGGAGUGGUCAGUGUAUGCAGUAGGAUCACAGGCACACGUCUCCUUUCUGGAUCCGAGGCAGCCUUCUCACAACGUUAAAUCCGUCUGUUCCAAAGAACGAGGCAGUGGUAUCCGCUCAGUCAGCUUCUAUGAGCACAUCAUCACUGUGGGGACAGGGCAGGGGUCCUUGUUGUUUUAUGAUAUCAGAGCCCAGAGGUUCCUGGAAGAAAAGCUCCCCCGUGCCUGCUAUGGACAGAAGCAGAAAUUAGGAGGAAGUGAAAUUUUGAAGUUGACAACUGGGAAAGGCUGGCUGAACCAUGAUGAAACCUGGAGGAAUUAUUUUUCUGACAUAAAUUACUUCCCAAAUGCUGUUUACACCCACUGCUACGACUCGUCUGGAACAAAACUCUUUGUGGCAGGAGGCCCUCUUCCAUCAGGACUUCAUGGGAAUUAUGCUGGUCUCUGGAGCUAAUGAUAACUCUUCAUUCUGAUGCUGAUCUUUAAACAGAUUUCCACUUUUGUUUUCCUUUUUUUAACACCAAAAUUGUGUGAUGCCAUUGACUCCUGAUUUAAACAAAAGUUAUUUUUUGGCAGAGUUUUCUGUUGGUCUCCAACAAUUUUGUACAUCUUUUUGAACUAGUUUUUUGCUUUAGCCUCCUUGAUCCUUUAUAUGGAGGAGUUUUGAAGUCCUUUUUUAUUGCAUUUACUCCAAAUGACUCUUCCCCCCAUUUAGGCUGUCUUGGCCAUGUGUCCCCUCCUCUACUUUGCUGUGAGGUAGGAUUUCUUUCUUUUAGAGUGGUUGCUCCUGAGCUUUCUGUGAAAGUCUUGGGGCUGCAUGUGUGCAGGUACUUUGUGUCAGUUACAUUACCUGGAGUGAGGACUACUUGUAAUUAAAAAUUAUUAAAAAUAUUUAUAAGAGAUAAGCUACUACUUUAUCUUCAGAGCCUGGCCCUGGCCUGGGUUGAUCGUAUUUUUUAAAAGUACAAGUCUAAUGACACUGUUUAUACAUAGAAGGAUAUGGUAAUUUUAAGCUGUACUCAGUGAAGCCCAGGGAUGGAUUCCCUAGGGGUAUUGCCAAUCAAAUCCAAAGUGUGGGAGUUUUUAAAAGUGCAUUUGUGUUGGAAUGGUAGUUUUCAGCAGUGCUAGGAGCAAAAAUUGAUCUGUUUCUUCACUGCCUGUCCCAGGUAUCCGCUUGCACAGCUGGAGUUUGUAUAGGCUGUUCUGCUGCGUGGCUAUCGCAGGGUGACAUUACAUUGAGGGUUGCAGAGAUGCUGAGAGGAAACGGGGGCUAGUUAUUCAAAAUGAACUUAAUCUGUCUGCGUUCCAGAUGCAAUAUGGUUUCUAAGUAUGCUGAUAGGGUUGCUUAUAAACUCUCCAUAAACUACCUAAAACCUCGGACCUUUUUUUUCCCAGGUUGUGAGAGUUUUUCCCCUUUUUGCUGUUCUGGUUGGCCAUCUACUUAAAUAAGCCAGUGGAAUAAAUAAACUAUUUUUUUUCACCAAGUUUAAGGAGUGCAUCUCAGACAUUAAUAAUGCAAGUGAGAAGCUUUCUGUGAAGGAAGGUAUCUUGGUGUUCCCUCAUUUUGUGCUAGUAUAUGCUGUAGGAGAAGCUCAGGCUUUUCCAGAAUCCUCUGCUGCCUUCUGAGUUCUGCGACUCCCUCCAACUUCACCUGGGACUGGGAGGGGAGAACAGGUCCAAAGCCCUUCAGGUCCAGCUGUGAAGUGUGUGUCUCCCAGGGUGAUGGUUUUAUCCAAUACUCAGCUAAAAUGUAAGACUCAGUGGUGUUCCUCCUUUUGGCAGGCACUAACCUCUCAGCUUGUCAGUGAUGCCUCUGUCCUCUGCUGGAAUUAAUGCCUUUCCCCUGACACUGGUGGAGCAAAGUGUGCCUGUACCUCACAGCUUUGGUGCCAAAUUGAAAGUUGAUUGGAACUGAGAGGAAAGACAAGGCUGGGAUAUGCUCUGUUCUCCCAUCUCUGUGGGAGAUCACAGCUACUACCGCAGUUCCUGCCCACAGCCCAGAGCUAAUCUGCAUGUGUCUUUGCAUUCUCUCUCAUCUUCAUACACGGUAUCUUCAUCAGUAACACCAAGCAGUCAGAGUCAGGCUAAGGUUCCAGCUGGUAUGGAGACCUGGAUGGAAAUCCUACAAGGAGUACAAGUCCCUCUCAUUGGGGUGGAAAUCCUGGCAAGAGAAGAGCUCUCUCCCAGGAAGUUAUGUGGUAUUUUAAGCCACAGAAAGUUGCAACAUAAAUCAAGAUUUUCUGUCCAUCAAUGCAAAAUGUGCCUCUCAACUAUAACGAAAAGUCAGUCUCGGUUGCUCUUUGGUUUGCAAUGGAAGAAGAUUAUCUGAAGACUGAUUUAAUCUGUUUCUUGCUCUUACAUGCUAUCACACAACAGUCCUUGCUGGUCUUUCCCAAGCACUAUUCAGCACUAUCCCUAUUUAAAAACAAAAUGGGGACUGCAUUGAGUAGCGGAACCUAAUGAAUUUCCUUGGUUUGAGAGAGACCCUGGAGAUAAAGAGUCCCGGUUCCAUGUGUUUUAAAUAUAACUUUAAACCAACGCAGAUAUUCUUCAAGACCAGCACAGCUUCCUACCUUUCCCUCCCUUAACAUGGGAAUUUAAAAAUAAACCAAGCAAUACAUGAGCCAGUUGAUGUCCUUACAGGUGGAAUAAGUUUUUUUUUAAUUUGAGAUUUCUCUUGUGGAAGAACUUGUUGUGAGUGCGAGAGUGUGGAGCUCAGAUUACAGCUCUUCCACCAGCUUGUUAAUUGCAAUUAAGUAUUCUGGAUUCUUGUGAAGAAGACUGUGUAAAAGCUCUGAAGGCAUAAACUGGAACUGAUAAUUUUAAAUUUUAGGUCAUGUGUGUGUUGCUUGACUACAUGGACAAUGUAACAGUGAUUGUUAUAGAUUGGUUUCCAUGUGUCAGUCACAAAUAAUUUGCUGUUUGGAGGAAAAUUUUUAGUAGAUACAUUUCCAAAUCAAAUUGUGAGCCUAUUUUCCCUCUUGCAUUAACCGGGUUACUGUGUUCACAUGCCAGAAAGAUACUGCUCUUUGAAGAAGCAUGUUAGUGUAUGUGGCAAUGCCCCAUGCACUUUUUAAAUACCUAGACCUGUACAUUUUCAUCUGAGUAUCGUUAACCAUGCUGUAGUCUGGCAAAUGAAACUUUUACUACUGUUACAUAGAUAAUUGUAAUUAACUGCAGUUUGUUUUUUUCCACUACUUGAAGUCGUGUGAUCUGAAAAUUGGUGAACAAAAAGUAUUUGUGAAUCUUACUAUGGGUAUCUCUAAAUAAAAUGUAUUUGUAUAGUG